GACAAUGGUCUGAGCCGAGCUCUGCUUCUCAAAGCAAAAUUUGUAAUAUGCCAUUUUUCCUAUGGAUGCUUCUCCUCCUGGCUGCUGACGAAGUGACCGGUGACCGAAGAAAAUGCUGAGGUGCCGAGCAGCCUGUCGUGCCGGAGGACGAGCGCGAGGGCUGGGGGUUUCUCGGAGCAGCGCCGGUGUCACCAUUGCUACGAAGAUGGUCCGGGAGUGCUCGGCUGCGUGAGACCCCGCUCGGAGCCGGUGCAGACUGCGGUUAUAUUGAUCAAGUGCAAUAGCAGACGCCGAAAUAAAAGACACUAGGUACCGAACCUUUAUUUCUGAGCCAGGCGUUCCCUCCUUAGCACCCACACCCUCCGGGAGAGAUGAUGUGCGAAGUGAUGCCUACGAUAAAUGAGGACACCCCGAUGAGUCAACGGGGGUCCCAGAGCAGCGGCUCGGACUCAGAUUCUCACUUUGAGCAGCUGAUGGUGAAUAUGCUGGAUGAAAGGGACCGUCUCCUUGAUACUCUUCGGGAGACACAGGAAAGCUUGUCACUUGCACAGCAACGCCUACAGGAUGUCAUCUAUGACAGAGACUCCCUUCAGCGACAGCUUAACUCUGCGCUGCCUCAGAUGACGGUUGCUGCUGGUACGAGCAUUGAGAAUAACAUUCAAAGGACCAUAUCCUGCCCUAAUGAAUUUGCUGCACUGACAAAAGAAUUAAAUGCAUGUAGGGAACAGCUGCUUGAAAAGGAGGAGGAGAUUUCAGAACUGAAGGCUGAAAGAAACAACACGAGACUAUUGCUGGAGCAUUUGGAGUGCCUUGUCUCAAGACACGAAAGAUCACUGAGGAUGACAGUGGUGAAACGGCAAGCACAGUCUCCCUCAGGAGUUUCCAGUGAAGUUGAGGUCCUCAAAGCUCUGAAAUCUCUGUUUGAGCACCACAAGGCUUUGGAUGAAAAGGUAAGGGAGCGUCUGAGGGUUUCUUUAGAAAGAGUCUCUGCACUGGAAGAAGAACUCGCUGCUGCUAACCAGGAGAUUGUAGCUUUGCGUGAACAAAAUGCACACAUUCAAAGGAAAAUUGCAGCUGGUGAAGGGCCUGCUGAAUCUGAGCAUAUUGAAGGAGUGGAGCCAGGGCAAAAGGUUCAUGAAAAGCGUUUAUCGAAUGGCUCCAUAGACUCAAAUGAUGAAACCAGUCAAGUUAUAGAACUCCAGGAGCUACUUGAAAAGCAGAACUAUGAAAUGGCACAAAUGAAGGAACGUAUGGCUGCACUGUCAUCCCGGGUGGGAGAGGUAGAGCAGGAAGCAGAAACUGCCAGAAAGGAGCUCAUUAAAACAGAAGAAAUGAACAGUAAAUAUCAGAGAGACAUUAGAGAGGCAAUGGCACAAAAGGAAGAUAUGGAAGAAAGAAUCACUACACUGGAGAAGCGCUACCUCAGUGCACAGAGAGAAUCCACCUCCAUACAUGACAUGAAUGACAAGCUGGAAAAUGAGCUGGCAAACAAAGAAGCCAUCCUACGUCAGCUGGAAGACAAAAACAGACAGCUGCAAGAGCGUCUAGAGCUGGCGGAACAGAAGCUCCAGCAGACGAUGAGGAAGGCGGAAACCUUACCUGAAGUGGAGGCUGAACUGGCUCAGAGAAUUGCAGCUCUGACUAAGUCUGAUCCAACCUCUUCUACCUCAUCUGGUGAUUAUCAAUAUGUUAUGGAAGCUAAACUACAAGAAAUGAUCUCCAUACGUAGGAAGGCAGAAGAAAGGCAUGGAAACAUUGAAGAACGUAUGAGACACUUAGAAGCUCAACUUGAAGAGAAGAAUCAGGAACUUCAAAGAGCAAGGCAAAGAGAAAAAAUGAAUGAGGAGCAUAACAAAAGACUAUCAGAUACUGUAGACAGACUUUUGACAGAAUCCAAUGAGCGUCUGCAGCUGCACCUAAAAGAGAGAAUGGCAGCACUUGAAGAAAAGAAUGUUUUGAUUCAAGAGUCUGAAAGUUUCCGGAAAAAUCUGGAAGAAUCUUUACACGACAAGGAAAGACUUGCAGAAGAAAUUGAGAAACUGAGAUCUGAAUUGGAUCAAAUGAAAUUGAGAGCUGGUUCUUUAAUUGAACCCACAUUGUCAAGGCCUCAUCUAGACUCAUCAGCAGAGUUGAGGUAUUCUGUGGGCUCACUGGUGGAUAGCCAGUCUGACUAUCGGUCAACUAAAGUGAUAAGGCGACCUAGAAGGGGACGCAUGGGAGUACGCAGAGAUGAACCAAAGGUAAAAUCACUUGGAGAUCAUGAGUGGAAUAGGACUCAGCAGAUUGGCGUUUUGAGCAGCCAUCCAUUUGAAAGUGACACUGAAAUGUCUGACAUUGAUGAUGAUGAUAGAGAAACGCUUUUCAGCUCCAUGGACCUCCUGUCACCAAGUGGCCAUUCUGAUGCCCAGACGCUGGCCAUGAUGCUUCAGGAGCAGCUAGAUGCAAUCAAUAAAGAAAUCAGGUUAAUCCAAGAAGAAAAAGAGUCAACAGAACUGCGUGCUGAAGAGAUAGAGAACAGAGUGGCCAGCGUGAGUCUAGAAGGCUUAAAUCUAGCCAGAGUCCAUCAAGGUACAUCCAUUACUGGCUCAGUGACAGCAUCAUCACUUGCAAGCUCUUCUCCUCCCAGUGGACACUCAACUCCUAAACUCACCCCUCGCAGUCCUGCCAGAGAGAUGGAUAGAAUGGGGGUUAUGACGCUGCCAAGCGAUCUAAGGAAACAUCGGAGAAAGAUUGCAGUAGUCGAAGAAGAUGGUCGUGAAGAUAAAGCUACGAUCAAAUGUGAAACUUCUCCCCCUCCAACACCCAGAGCUAUAAGAAUGACUCAUACCCUUCCUUCUUCAUACCACAAUGAUGCCAGAAGUAGUUUACCUGCUUCAUUGGAGGCAGAAAGUAUUGGUCUUGGCAGCGUCAGUAGCAGUCAGGACUCCCUGCACAAAGCUCCGAAGAAGAAAGGAAUCAAGUCCUCGAUAGGACGCUUGUUUGGUAAAAAAGAGAAGGCUCGACUUGGACAGCUCAGAGGUUAUAUUGAAACAGAAGCAGCAGCACAAGAAUCUCUGGGAUUAGGCAAACUUGGAACCCAAGCAGAAAAAGACCGAAGGCUAAAGAAAAACAUAUCUGGACAUGAACUUCUGGAAGAAGCUCGGAGAAAGGGUUUGCCUUUUGCCCAGUGGGAUGGGCCUACGGUGGUCGCCUGGCUGGAACUCUGGCUGGGAAUGCCAGCUUGGUAUGUGGCCGCCUGCCGUGCCAACGUGAAGAGUGGAGCCAUCAUGUCUGCUUUGUCUGACACCGAGAUUCAAAGAGAAAUUGGAAUCAGCAAUCCUCUUCAUCGCCUAAAACUCCGAUUAGCAAUCCAGGAGAUGGUAUCACUCACAAGCCCAUCGGCACCUCCGACAUCUAGAACACCCUCAGGCAAUGUUUGGGUGACCCACGAAGAAAUGGAAAAUCUUGCUGCUCCAGCCAAAACGAAAGAGUCUGAAGAAGGCAGCUGGGCCCAGACCCUGGCCUAUGGUGACAUGAACCAUGAGUGGAUAGGUAACGAAUGGCUGCCCAGCCUGGGCUUACCUCAGUACCGCAGUUACUUCAUGGAGUGCCUGGUCGACGCGAGGAUGCUGGAUCAUCUGACGAAGAAAGAUCUGCGUGUGCACUUGAAAAUGGUGGACAGCUUCCAUCGAACAAGCUUGCAAUAUGGAAUCAUGUGUUUAAAGAGAUUGAAUUAUGAUAGAAAAGAACUGGAAAAGCGAAGAGAAAUGAGUCAGCAUGAAAUAAAAGAUGUGCUGGUGUGGAGCAACGACCGCGUCAUCCGCUGGAUACAAGCGAUCGGCCUACGGGAAUACGCAAACAAUAUUCUAGAAAGCGGUGUACAUGGCUCCCUUAUAGCACUGGAUGAGAACUUUGAUUACAGCAGUUUAGCUUUAUUAUUACAGAUUCCAACACAAAACACCCAGGCACGGCAGAUCCUUGAGAGAGAAUACAACAACCUUUUAGCACUAGGAACUGAAAGACGACUUGAGGAAAGCGACGACAAGAACUUCAGGCGCGGCCCCUCCUGGCGACGACAGUUCCCCCCCCGCGAGGUCCAUGGCAUCAGCAUGAUGCCCGGCUCCUCCGAAACGCUGCCGGCCGGCUUCAGGUUGACCACGACCUCAGGGCAGUCCCGGAAAAUGGCAACUGACGUUGCUUCAUCACGACUGCAGAGGUUAGACAGCUCAACAGUUCGCACAUACUCAUGCUGACAAGGCCUAGCAAAGACGCCAGCACUGAAUUGCUGUGAGUAUUCAAAAGGGGCCAUCGUGGAACCUCUUUAUGUACACCACACCCAUUGCUCUUUGGCACUAUUCAAGCAAGAGGCAGCGCGGAGCAGAGGACCAAACUCAGAGCUACUGGGGUGGCCAUUUGAUUAAACCUACGGUCUCAAGCUCAGUCCUGGAGACACUGCACCACUCCUUUCCCUACCUCCAACAGCAGGUUCUCUCUGCUGGUACCACCUUAGCAGAUAAGACAACAGUUUCCAGAUGGCUUCUCUUCAGGUGAUGGCUUGCCAAGCAUAACAAGUAUGCUCUCUAAGCUAGAACAGGGAAGCAGAAGGAACAGGAACUGCAUUCCCUUCAUGCAAAUUUGAAAUAUUUCUACCAGGAUCUAGGGAAAGAAAGGAAAACAAUCUGGUAAAGCUGAUGAGAAUUAGGUUUUUUUUUUUUUUUCUUUUAAUGAUAUGGCUCCAUUUAGAACAUCAGGCAGCUGAAUAAAACUAGGACAAAACUUCCCCUAUGCAGAAAAUCUUCCAAAACUAUCCACUGCAGAGAUUCUUAGUUCCCAAAUCAUUCAGAACUGACCAGCAGUAAAGAAAGGACACUGAGCUGGAUGCAACUAUACAUCAAGUUCUGUACCACAGUUCAUGUUGCACUUCUCACCACCUCUCUUUUAAAUAUGGCUAUUAAUGACAGUAAUCCUGCCUAGGUUCUGCAGAAAAAUUUUGCUGCUGCUUCACAAGUUUUCCAAAAGAACAACCCAACACGAUGAGCGCUUUCAUCAGUAUGGCACCAUUUCAUGCUAAUAUUUUCUCAGUAACAUAUCAUUUUGUUUUCCAUUCAGUUACUCAGGGGAGUUGGAAAGUGCAUUUGGACAGCACCAGAACCCCACCAAGGCACUGAAAAUGUUUUGAUAGCUGUUACCCAUCAUAGGCAAGACAAGACAUGCCAGAAUCUGCAAGAAAGGAAUUGCUGUUCCUAAUUUUCCCAACAAAGACCUUUUUUAAGAUCUUCAACCAGGAGAGGCUUGGGGCCACCACAACUUUAAUAAUUCUGGGCACAUUCAAAGACCACUAAGGAACAGCAAAUGUUACCGAUGGGAAAUGCAGAUUGCUCAGGAUUCUGCUGAUGACAUCAGCCUUACUUCAUAGAUCCCAGGAGACUGUAGGUGUACAAAAUUGUCAUUUAGCAGAAAAAGAAACAAACUGUCACAGAAAAAUAAGCAUACAUUAAUUAUUUAUCUAAAACUGGCAAGCUUAGCAGCUGGUCGUACAAAGCUGACUACAGAGUACAUAAACUAUAUAAAUCUUUUAAAGUAUACGUGCAUGCAGAUUAGGACUUGGUGUUAUGUCAGUAAAAUGAUGACAAUAAUCCCGAAUGGGUUCAGUGGAGGCAGAAACUGAUAGCAGAUAUGUAUAUCUUUUAGCCUAUAUGCAUCUGAACUGCAAUAAAUCACUGCCUAUGAUUUAGAUCGUUGAAGUUCAGAUGCUAAGCAGUUCAGCAGGCCAGUAACAGUCCAGGCACAUAAGGCAAUAUUUGCCAACAGGUCUGACAAUUACAACAAGGCCAGAAAUUGAAAGUGGUAUGUUAAUAAAAAUCAACAUACGAUUUCCCAGGGUGUUUAUUCCCAGUUGAUCCUACAGUAAUUGUCUAAAAACUAGUAAUCCACAAACAGAAGAAAAGCAGCAAAGCUUUGUUGGCAUUGCAUGUGUAUGGGAGUUAUAUGUUUUGAGGAAAAAAAAAAAGUUUACAAAGUUAUACAAGCUGUAUAAGUGAACUUCCAUUUCUAUAGGAGCAGUUUUAAGUAUUUCACCUGAUUCAGGUAUCAGUGAUAUAAAUCACACUGGUGCUUGUAGCUUGUCCACUGUGCUGAGAAUAGUAUACUAGUCUUAAACAGACAAGAACUUUACCAGUCUAUCAAAUUUGAUCUAAGUUGUAGGGGCUCUUACGUAAGGAUGACUGAAUGAAUGUAUGCUGCUUCUUUUGACUUACUGCAGAGUGCUUUUAGAGAAGUAACAAGAUGGUAUAAGCUACAACUCAGCCUAUGCAUCAUUCAUCAGUGCAAUUCCAAACUGCCACCAGCAUUCAGUACCAAGUAAAAUCUAUUUUGGAUUUCAGUAAAUUAUAUAUAAAUGAUGCAGGAAAAAGAUUUCCUUCAUUAUUAUAUCAGGCAUGAAAACUUAAACACGCUGAGUUUGUUUGAAAGUGAUUGAGGAAUUGCAGAAGAGUCUUCACGGUUCUGGGAUCACGUUUCCUGAGUAACAGCUUCUUCACGGAAAGAACUGAUAGAUGCUCGUACAAAAAACCUUCAUUAUAAUAUCUCUUGAAAAUUUUCAGAUCCAAGUCAGACUGAGACCCAGGCUUGCAACACCUUGACUAAAAUACAUCAGUCACCAUGUUACUACAGUGACUGCACUAUUUGCACAUGCGACUGUUUCUAAGUAGGCAGCAGAGGAGUUGGGUACCUGCAUGGGCUGUUGCACAGUAGCAAUACAAGUGUAUUCUUAAAAUAGUAAAGAGCUCUAUGCAUAUUAAAAGCAGCCUGAACAGAGAGCUGUAAAUAGGUGGCACGUGGAACAAAUGAGAUGUUCUGUGAUGACAGCAGACUGCAGAAUUCUUGCAUUCUGCUACCCACCUUUCUUAGAGAACACGUCAAAGCCUCUGAUUUCAAAAUAGUUUAUGCCAACAAUACCAAGCGGGUUCAAACAUCCAGUUUCUCUGGGUGUUUCUUCAGAAUGGGUUAAAUCCUCAUGCCUUCAAAUUGUACUUCAGGGAUUUUUUAAACAUUUGUUGAAACCACCGUGAACUGAGAUUUUCAGAACAGUUAACAUGAACAUAUCCUACAUGGCCCAGUCUGAGUAUACUCUUAAGAUCAUGAAUUUAAGUACAUUUAGGACUACUGGUGCCAAGCCAUUUCAUAUUGCACAGAAGUUCAACAGUGCAUAUGGGAUGGUGCAGCUCCUGCUGCCAUGGCUGUUACCCAGCAGAGCACCUGGAAGCCAGGUCCACAGGCAGUGGAUUCGGCAGUCACAUUGUGCAGCCUUCCCUUAUAAAACACUUGUCAUCACCAAAACCAAAGGCUCAGUCAGGACAGUUUUACUGCCACAGGCUGGUGCAGAGACCACCACGGUUUCACGUUUAUUCUGAACAAAUGUCAGGGGAUUUGGUAAAACCAACUAUGUACUUCAUCAGUGAAGGAUUCCAAAGAGGAUUUGUAAAGACAGAUGGAAAAGAAGAGUUCCAAAAAGAUGUGAAUGAUAAUCCGGAAAUAGCUGGUCCAUAGCAAAGAAAUCACGAGGGUCAAAAAGGUAAAUGCUGUCAAGUUGCAGUGAGCAAGGAGAAUCACGGAGUACAUCAAAAAGGGACAUGGUUUAGUGGGCAAUACUGGUGGUAGGUAGAAAGUUGGACUAAAUAUGUCAGAGGUCUUUUCUAACCUAAAUGGUUCUAUGAAAAGAAUCUGUAUGCUUAACUGGCUAUGUUCAACUUUGGGCCAAAUAGUCAAAGGCCUGCAGAAGCAGGGAACCCCAACUACCAACACUGAAUCAAAACAUCACAAAAAACCAGCUAUAAAGUUAACGUGCAUGGGAGUUGGUUUUGAUCAAGAACUAGUGUGUAUUAGUAGAAGAUUAAAAUGCUUAAUUAAUGGAUUUAUGUUAUAAAUUUAAAAUUCAAGAACAAAUACAUGUUUCCCUCAGAAGUUUCAAUAAAAUGUGCAACAGCUUACCUGGCAUCAUUGUGUCCUAUACCAACCUGCCGUGACAGAACCUCGCUAAUUAAUGUUUGUUUAUUUUUUCCUUUAGAUGUCAUCUCCUUCUUCUACUUUACCUGAAGUGCACUACCACUACUUAGGAAAAAAGAACAUUAAAACUCUCUGCAAGAACAGGGUAAUAGGGAAGAGAACACAAAGUUUCACAGAUCUGACGUUCUUUUCACAUGUUGGUUAAUUUAAAAUAAGAAUACUAAUGACGAAAAAAUCUAAAUUGCUCAAAAAGAAAACUAAGAGAAGAACAAAACAACCUCCCCCUUUCCUCUCAGCAUUUCUGUCAUCAGAAAAUUUGGCAGUAGUACACAUCCAAAGCUUUUAUCAAAUGAAGCCACUCAUUUUUACAUUGUUCCAUCUGUUUUAAUGUAAAAUACUAGACAUUACGUAUUUACUGUGUAUGUAUUUCUUUUAAAAUGUGUAAGUCUUAUGUAAAUGGUUAUAAAUAUGAUUUUUUAAAAAUAAAAUCUAUGGUACAUGGGGUCUCAGUGCAAACAUUUGACAAUACAGUGUCAAUAAUACUGUUUGUAUCUUUCCAUUCCACCAUUUUUACAGUUUUUGGAUUGUAAAAGUCAAACAACUAUGUUUAGCAGAGUUAGAAGCUUCAACAUGUUCCUACUGAAAAAUCUGUCAAUAUUUAAAGCUGAACACCUGCCUCUGAUGAUGUAUAAUAGAAUGACAUUACCUGGAACUGGAGCCAAAAUGGACCUCUAAAGACAACAUGGAAAUGUCAGAUACUUAUAGAGAAGCACCAUGAUGGCUCACCUCUUAAAGACACACACAUAAACCCAGAAGAACUGUUUACAGAAAAAAAAAAAAAGAAAAAAGAAAAAAAAAAGCAAUUUAAUAAACACAAUUUAUAUGAAAACCAAAAACUUUCUUCUAUGUUACCUGCGGACCAAGAAGAAUCUUGCUUUACCAAGAGCCACCUUUUCGUUCCAGGAUCUUCAGACACCAGCCAGCAUUGGAAAAUUAAAUCUAAUAAUUGCAUAGAAUGAGAUUCUCAAGUUUCCGAACAUAUUCCAUGGAGAAAAUGAAAGAGAAGCUAAACCCCACAAUUUCUUCAUCACAACAGGGCAUUAGACAGGCUCCUGUCUAACGUUACGCUUUUAGCCAAGAUGGCCUUGCUGAGACUUCACAGAAGUCUGUUUUAUCAGAGGAAAUAACUGAAAGACAGAGUGAUUAAUAUAUAGUGUAUAAAAGUUUAGAAGAGCAACUAUUACCUGCUGUGGCUUUAUUUGGUGGUGUUAUUGUUGUUUAUUCUUUGUUUAAAUGGGAAGUUUCAAAGUAAGACCUACUUAAUAGUCAUUUUACCUAUUUGCUAUUUUUCUGCUGCUUGAUCUUAGCUCAAGACCUGUCUUUUAGUUAUUUCUUUUAGCAGUUUGAUCUGCAAUGUUUGCACGUACAUAAACAUUUGUUUUGUCUAUUUUCAUUUGGCAAACUUCAGUCAAUCAGAUGGUGAAAGAUUUUUCUCCCCCAAUGUCAAUAAAAAAGAAUUCAGUGCUA